AUGUUUCUGGACACAUCUGACACCCUGCCUCCACUGACCCCCAUGGCAUCGACAGGGGAGGAGCAGUCGCCAGCCGUACUGGUCACUGCCAACUUGGGUCCCCAAAAGACCCAGCAUCGCCCCUCUGUUGGCCGUGUAAACCGCCUGCGUCAUGGUUCUGGGCAAAGCGUGGUGUCUCAGCCUUCAAGCGGCCUCGGGAACCCAGCUCUGUCAAGCCUUGUACAUUGGUCAGCUCUGCUGUCUGUGCUGGCGGUUGUGGUGGUGACUCUCGGCUGCUAUCGUCGCUUCUCCCCGCACGCAGAGCCGCAAAGGGGGAUCCGGAGACUGGCAAACUGGGGAGGCAGCUGGGGCCAUGGGAGGUCCGCACUCACUGGGAUUCGGUGGGCCCAUGGUCCCGAUGAUGACCCGGAGCUCUCAGCCGUCCUCGAGAUGUGUUUGGACAUGGAAGAAGAGAAUCAUGGGCUGCUCCCGCUACAUUCUACUUUUCUGCCACAGUAUCGUGACGAUGAUUUGGCGAGACAGCGAGUGGCGCCGGCGACUCACCUCACCCCAGAGGUAGAGACCGUAGAAGCGGCGACUUACUUUAACCCAGAUAUGCAGGCCGAACAGCUGUUCCACGGUGUCGGCGCAACUGGACCCAGUAACUUGAGCAAGCUCGGGGAGUCAUUCCAGCAUAGCCAGCUCCUGCCUACAUACAUGCAACAGCCCGGCUGGCUGGCCGAAACCAGCCAACUGCACAAGCCCCACCAGUAUGGCGAGCAGAGCGAAGCCGACCAGUUCUAUGAACUUGACGACCUGAAGGGGCCCAUCGAGCUUAGUCAAAAUAAUGAGGUGAAACGGCCUGGCGAGCUGAGUGAGCGCAUCCAACUGCAACUGCUUUAUGAUUUGACCGAGCCGAGCCUCUUUGAAAAACCCAUGGAUUUAAACAUCUCCAAUGAGCCCACUUAUAUGACCAAUGAGGGAAACUCGAACGAGCUCCGCAAGUGGAACACGCCUAGCCAUUUGCAGCAAUUCAGCCAGAUAAGCCAUUCUGGCCAAGUGAAUGAUCCCAAUCAACAGGAACAGCUCAGCGGACCUAUCGAGCUGACCCGCCACAGUCAGCUGCGCCCGCCAAGGCCGACAGUCCAGCCCGGCCAACCCAACCAUAUGUACCAAAACAGUUUGAAACGCUUGCCUAACAGUUAUCCCUGCCAUUCCACCGACCCAACCUUACAAAGCCAGGAGGCGGAGCCGCCCUACGAGCAGCUGGGGACCAGUCAGCUGCGGCAGCCCAGCAAUUUGAAUCAGCCCGGCCAGGACAGUCAUUGUGACCAGCCCAGGCAGCCGGCGUCACAAAGACAAGCGUACGAGCAACGCGAGUUUGAACAUGUUGCCCAGCUGGGUUAUUUUAACCAGCAGGAAGGGCCCUGCCAGACGCCCCAGGCCAGCCCGCCGAAACAGCCCAAUCUGCUGCACUCGCAAAGUCCAGCAAGCCAGCCUGGCCAGCCCACCCAGCUCAGUAUGACCGAAGAUUCAGAGCAGCCCAUCUCGCUCACGCAGAAGAGCCCAUCGCAGCCCCUUAACUUGAGCCGGUCCGUUGACGCCCACCAUACCGACCAGCCCAAAGGGACCCACUACCCCGGCAGAACCAGCCAGCCGAGCCCACCCACGCAGGGGCACAAGCAGAAUCAACUUAAACAUCCCGGCGAGCGAAGUUGUUCAGAUCAGGAGAAAGAAUUCAUCCAGGUGCACCAGGCUAGCCCGCUGGUACAGCCCAAUCACCUGCACUCUCCAAGUCAAGCAAGCCGGCCUGGCCAACCCAUCCCCCACAAAGAGACCAAUGAGAUACACCAGCCCACUUCGCCCAUACGGGCAACCCUAUCAAUCCAAGCGCAGCAGCCUUAUCAGUUGAGAAUGCCCGGCGAGGCCCAGCAUCCUCAUGUACCCACAUGGCCGGGCCCGCUCACAAAAGUGCACUGUCCUAGCCAUUUGAGCAAUCCCCGCCUGCCAAAUCAUCCUCCCGAUCAGGAACAACCCAACGAGGCGCGCUCGCCAAGCCGUUUGAUCCGGUCUAGCGAGUUUAGUAAUUCCCUUGUGCCAUCGUACUCUCUCGAGGGUUCGUUUCUUGGGUUACUGCAACGCUCCCCCGUGGACACCGAAGCGGGGGACUUCGACGUGCCCACUUGGCUCGAUCCAGGUAAAAACAGGUAUAAGGGUUUUUUCGGAGAAUCUGGAUCUCCAUUGCCUGCCCCUAGCGACCGCCCAGCUACAGUGGUGAACUCACGGACAGUUUGCAGCUCAAAAUUUUCAGCCGUACCAGCGGUUGAUGAUCCAGAGCAGGCUCUGCGGAACGUUGUCGUCGUCACUGCGCCUUCUGUGGAUCCCGUUGCUAGCAACAAUCCUCAAAAAGACAGCCCUGAGGAGGCUGAAACCUCAAGCAAGAAAACGCCAAGGUCCAGAGCUCGAAAGCAUCGAUGGCAGUUCCACGAGUACCAACAUUCGGGCCCUUCAUUCACGGGACUGAAGCGGAGACGGCCGCGAGGCACAGGCCAAAAGGCCCGUGCCCGCGUCCCUGUAGAGCUGCCUUCGAAGGAAAAGGUGAGUGAGGCUCCCCCUCGAAAAAGCUCCGGUUCAGAGGAAAACCUGGGGGAGCAACCGACGAAAAAGGCAAAACAAAGCAACGACAAAGAAGACGAAGACGGGGAUGUCCUUUUACCAUUGAACUCUGUACAAUGCGUCGUUGUCGAUCCCCCUGAAAUCCGCAGCACGCAACCAGAUGGUGCGGUGAGCCAGCCGACGGAGGAGAGGCCAAGCUGCCCAGCACCGGCCGACAGCGUCCCUGCAAUGGGAAGCACACUCUUUAGAUGGAAUUCUCUAGAAUGGGAGGAAGACGAGGAGGAUGAUUUUCUAAGGAACCACCCGUUUUUCAGGCUUCCGAGACUGCAACCAGGGGCGAAGGUGCAGCAGUUUUGUGUGACUAGUGCGUUUGCCUUCCCCAACAUGGUCAGGCACCCAUCCCAAACACUUGGGUACAUGCGCACUGCGUUGGCGGGCGACACCCUUGGGGAGACGGAGGCCAACGGAGUUGUGCUUGCGGCACAGCGGGCCGUGAGUCAUCUGUUCCACUUCCAUCAGGGAGGAGUCCCGGAAGAACGCGUUGCCAACGCAGUGUUUGCACUCGCACACCGUUUCCUUAUUCUAGACUCACUACUCUGCGCGAUUGAGGUGUUGGGGCCCGCCAUGGUUCCUCAUCUGUGGUGGGAUGAUCUAUCCCGUUCUAUUCCGUCUGAUGUCCACCCGCAACACUUCCGCCACCACACCGAAAGCGGCUGGCAUUUGCAGGAACUUGCACUGAGACUAAGCACAGCAGUGACGGAGCUGAAGAAGGGUCACCGGCUACGACCUAAAGAAACAGUAAACCUCAAGCGUGAGCUCUUCUGUGAUGAGCUUUCACCCGCAGCCUUCAGAAAGAGAAAGUGGAAUUCGUGGAGGAACGAUGACGAGGAUUUCAUGAAGCAAGCGCUGUCGGCGUUUUGUAAAGAGAAUAAAACUACAUUCCCGUAG